UAGACGCCAUUGUAGAUGGGCGGAUUGGUUAUAUGGAAUUGGGCGUGCAUAAUCUGCAUCUCCAAUUUCUUCAUCCCGUAACGCCGCCCCUGACGACCAAUCGCCGCCGACAAGUGCCACAUCAUGUCCGAGGCGCAGCUGUUCCGGCCAUGCCUAUAAGAGAUCUGACUCUUCGACGCAUCAGAUUCCAUCAUCCAAAGCUAUUCUGCAACAAAAGCGUUGUAGCCUUGAAGAACGCGAUGGCCGACGAAGCGAAAAGCACAAUUACCGCAGAUUCGGCAACGAAUCAUAAGAAAGAGGAGGCUGAGAAGAAACCGGAAAAGCCAAGGGAAUCCAUUCCUCCGCCGCCAGAGAAGCCGUUGCCGGACGAUUGCUGCGGCAGCGGAUGCGUUAGGUGCGUGUGGGACAUAUACUACGACGAGCUGGAGGAGUACAACAAGCUUUACAAGACCAGUCCCGAUUCUUAAACCUUCUUCAAGUAUUUGCUCUUUUAGACAACUGAUUUAUUAUUCUUGAACAAAAAAUAGAUAAUUCACAUCUGUUUCCCAGCGUCUGGGCAUUUCUUUUAGGUUUCAUUAGAUUGUUGCAGAGUUUGAUUUCUCUUCCUGAAAGAAUAUUAUAAUCUCUUGUUCAAGCUCCUGGGAUUUAGUUGCAAUUUAUAUUCUAUGUAUUUCAAUUAACAACAUGAAUUUAAUAAAAAAUUACCUGCUCUAAGAAAGAGCGAAUAAUUACAUUAAUGUUUAAUGGUAA